UCUAUGGGAGAGGAGUGUCAGUGUACAGUCUAUGGGAGGUGCUGACACUAAACUUAUAAACCUCACACACAUCUCCACUACAUGAUCCCAGAACACUCACCCUCCAGCAUCUCAUCUCCUCUCUAGACACACAGACAGCGCUCACCAUGGGACGACAGAAGGAUUUUAUCAACAAAGUCAAUUCUAUGUUAAGGAUCAGGAGCAAACUGCUGAGGCAAGCCCUCGCCGAGUGCCUAGGGACGCUCAUUCUGGUGAUGUUUGGCUGUGGCUCUGUGGCUCAGGUGGUCCUUAGUAAAGGCUCCCAUGGCCAAUUCUUGACUGUUAAUCUGGCUUUUGGAUUCGCUGUCAUGCUGGGUAUUCUGAUUUGUGGACAAAUUUCAGGUGGACAUUUGAACCCAGCUGUGACCUUUGCCCUGUGUAUCAUGGCACGGGAACCAUGGAUAAAGUUUCCGGUAUACACCUUGGCACAAACCCUAGGUGCCUUCCUUGGGGCAGGCAUCGUUUAUGGCUUGUAUUAUGAUGCCAUCUGGUUUUUCGCCAAUGACCAACUCUACGUAAUGGGACCUAACGGCACUGCUGGAAUUUUCGCCACCUUCCCAACAGAGCAUCUGACCCUCAUGAAUGGGUUCUUUGAUCAGUUUAUUGGUACAGCUGCUUUGGUGGUCUGUGUCUUGGCCAUCGUUGACCCUUACAAUAACCCCAUCCCCCGUGGCUUGGAGGCCUUCACUGUUGGCUUUGUUGUCCUCGUCAUUGGAUUGUCCAUGGGCUUCAACUCUGGAUAUGCUGUCAACCCUGCCAGGGACUUCGGACCACGUCUGUUUACAGCUAUAGCUGGAUGGGGAUCAGAAGUCUUCUGGGCCGGCGAUCAGUGGUGGUGGGUCCCCAUUGUGUCACCUUUACUGGGAGCCUUUGCCGGAGUCUUGGUCUAUCAGCUGAUGAUUGGUUGUCACCUCGAACCCACGCCCGUGUCCACCGAACAAGAAAACGUCAAGUUGGCCAACGUUAAACAGAAAGAGAGAAUCUAAAUAAGCGCAGCCAGCAUGGGACUAAAAAAAUAUUCACUUGGGCUGUAACCGACCGAGACCAAGAUGGAGGAUCAUGAUUCUCACGUGUUCUAGACCUUAAAAAAUGUGUUGUGUAAUCGUAGUUGCUUGUUGGAUGUGUAGAAUUGUCCCCCCCCCCCCCCUUUCUUCCAUGUAAAUAGCAGACCAGUCAACCUUCGUAUUGAUCCGUAUUUCCAAUUCCAGUUCAGUUUUUCCUUUUUUUUUUUAAUCUGUUCCAUUUUUAUUAAAAAAUCCAGUUCAGGUAUUAGGCUUUAAA